AUGAAGUACGUGCUAGUCAGCGGUGGUGUCAUCAGCGGCAUUGGCAAAGCUUCCUCCUCCGGACUUCUGCUCAAGACAACGGGUCUUAAGGUUACGGCCAUCAAAAUUGACCCGUAUUUGAACGUAGAUGCUGGCACACUAGGUCCACUCGAGCAUGGAGAGUGUUUCGUUUUGAAGGAUGGGGGUGAAUCCGAUCUCGAUCUCGGAAAUUAUGAGCGUUACUUAAAUCUCAACCUCACUAACGAGAACAACAUUACAACGGGCAAGAUCUAUAAGGCCGUAAUCGAACGAGAGCGGAAGGGCGACUACAUAGGGCGCACAGUUCAGGUUGUGCCUCACAUCACAGAUGCUAUCCAGGACUGGAUCCAACGAGUUGCGAGGAUACCAGUUGAUGAUAGUAGUGAAGAGCCCGAUGUCUGUAUUAUUGAAUUAGGAGGUACCGUUGGCGAUAUUGAGAGCAUGCCCUUUGUGGAAGCCUUAACUCAGUUCAGAUAUAAGGUUGGCAAAGGAAAUAUGGUCAACAUACACGUCUCUUAUGUACCGAUUAUUCACGGAGAAGAGAAAACGAAGCCUACGCAGCACGCCAUCAAACAGAUGCGAAGUGCCGGUUUAAUACCAGACCUAAUUGCUUGCCGCUGCGAGCGCCCCCUUGACGAAGCUACGACUCAAAAGAUUGCCCGAAGCUGCCAGGUUGAAUUUCAGCAAGUCGUUACCGUUCGGGAUAUCGAGACUAUCUACCAAGUACCGUUACUCCUCGAAGAGCAGGGCUUACUACAUCGUCUACGCGAAGCCUUGAUGUUGGACCAACUGUCGAUUCCGCCAACCCUGGUCCACAAAGGCGAAAGCCUAUGGCAGCUGUGGAAGAAGACUGUCGUGACAAAGCCGUACCUAGAGCCGGUAAUAAUUGCCCUAGUCGGUAAAUAUAUCGCACUUCCUGAUAGUUAUCUCUCUGUUAUUAAGGCUCUAGAGCAUUCAGCAAUGCGAUGCAACCGCAAGCUCAACUUAUGCUGGAUUGAUGCAGAGCACCUUGAAGAGGCUACCCUGAAAAGCGAUCCCACCACAUAUCACAAAGCUUGGUCACAACUGACUGUCGCUUCUGGUUGCAUCUGCCCGGGAGGAUUCGGCGGUAGAGGCGUGGCAGGAAUGGUCAAGGCUGCAAAAUGGGCACGCGAAUGCAAGAUCCCUUACCUGGGAGUCUGCCUCGGAAUGCAAGUCGCCGUUAUAGAAGCCGCCCAGAAUUUAUGCGGCUACAAGGAUGCUACAUCGGAAGAAUUUGAUGCCAACGCCGAGCAUCGCGUUGUCAUUUUCAUGCCAGAAGGGUCAAAAGAAAUCAUGGGUGGCACAAUGCGACUCGGUACGAAAGCAACGCAUUUCCAGGCCGGGAGCGAAUGGAGUAAGCUUCGGGCCUUGUAUGGCGAUGCCACUAUUAUGGAAGAGCGACACCGACAUCGUUACGAAGUCAACCCUGACUACAUUGAGGAACUAGAGAAAGCCGGGCUCAAUUUUGUGGGCAAGGAUGAAUCAGGAAAACGUAUGGAAGUGGUCGAAUUGAAGGAUCAUCCAUUUUUCGUCGGAGUCCAGGCUCAUCCGGAGUUUACAUCUCGCGUGCUUGCUCCAUCGCCUACGUACCUCGGUUUCAUGGCUGCCAGCACAGGUUGCCUCGACCAGGUUAUCCAGGAGAUACGCGAACAGAAGAAACAAACCAACGGUGUGGUCAACGGCGCAGAGGAGAAUGCCCAUUUUUAA